CACUGUUAACCUUGUUUCGCUUCAAGUGGUACGAUGCUGAGAAGUCUUUCUCGCAUAGCUGUGCAAAAAUCAGGCAAAUCAGCUUUGUCAGCUACAUGGUGCCGACUCAGCAGUUCUAUCAGUCAAGAGUUACUGGACAAACAUCGAUCUGCAAAGCUGGUGAAGUCACCUGAAGAAGAUGUGUCGGCAGAGCUACCAGCUGAGGAUCACGCCCAGCCAAUACACCCUGAAGACCCUAAAGAAUUGCGAGAUGUCUAUCCAGACUUUCUGCCCAGUCCUGACUGGAGGAUCAGGGAUAAACUGACGGAGAAACUAGAGAGAGAGGACAUGUACAGGCGACGAGUAAAUCUAGAUAUUCCAGAGUUCUAUGUGGGCUCCGUCAUGGCUGUGACAGUGGCCGAUCAGUACGCCCCUGGGAAGAAGAAUAGGUUUUUGGGCAUCUGUAUCCACCGAGGAGGUUACGGCCUGAGAUCAUCCUUCAUACUCAGGAAUGUUAUAGAUGAUGAAGGUAUUGAAGUAAUGUACGAAAUGUACAACCCCCUGAUUCAGAAGAUAGAAGUGUUGAAAUUGGAGAAGCGGUUGGAUGACGAACUCUUCUACUUGAGGGAUGCUCCUAAAGAGCACAGCUUCUUUCCCCAGAACAUGGAUCCUGUGCAGCUACCAAAGGGUCGAGCAGUACCCGUUAACACAACUAAGGUGCCAUUGAAUCCUAGACCAUGGUUGGAAAGGUGGGAACGUAAAGAACUGAAGGGUAUUCUACCUUUGGAUUUGCCGGAGAUCUUUUUCCAGAAAGCCGAAGAACGGAAAGAGCCUUGGGAAAAGUAUGACUUAAUGAAACAGUAUAGAGCUCGUAUCAAUGACGUGGAGGCAGCUGACAUAAUGGCAGAGGUACAAGAACGACAGCAGUCAGCACCAGGGAGUAAAAAGAAACCACCACAAAGACAUCAUAAAACAACUGGUAUUACUGUUCCUGCAAGUCUAGAUUGACGUUUUUGUAAGAAAGGAAAUGUUGAGUUCUUUAAUGUCCAGAGUGAAGUGACAUUUCCGGAUGAUGCUUGUGAUGGAAUUUUCCAGUUGCUUGUAAUAACCUGUGCGAUCAUCCUUCAAUCAUGCCUUGUGGGUAUUAACAUUUACUAACCUUUGGUGUUUGAAAAUGUAAAUGAAAACAGAGGUUUUGGCUCAAGUGGCAUCUGAUGUGAUGCAAGUGCUAGUCUUUGAAAUCAGAAAAGGAGGAAAACUAAAAUUACCAUUGAAUUGUGUUACCAUGUGGAUAUCAUUGCAACUGAUGCGUCUGAAAUCAAAUUUUAGAUAAGUGCUGGCGUUUGGUGGAACAUACCAAUAAUGAAUCAAUAAAGAUGAUAU